GGAAGGGGAGGAGCAAGUGGGGGGGGGGAGGAGGAGGCUCAGAGGCAGCGAUGGCGUCCCGCUCCACUCGUUCUGGACUCGAAGACGCCGCCGCGGCCCUCAAAGAGCAGCAGCAGAAGCCGUGGGCAGCGACACUCGAGGCGAAGCCUGGAGAGGAAGAGGCGGGGCCUGGAAAGGAAGAGGCGGAGCCUGGGGGAGAUGGGGCGGGGCCUGGAGAGGAAGAGGCGGAGCCUGGAGGAGAGGAGGCGGGGACUGGUGGAGGGGAGGCGGGGCCUGGAAGGGAGGGGGCGGGGCCUGAAAAUGGUAAUGACCCCAGUGCAGAACCAUCAGCGGGGACAUUGAAGGCCGAUGGUGGUGAUGGUGAUGGCGGUGAUGGUGGUGGUGAUGGUGAUGGCGGUGAUGGUGGUGGUGACGGUGGUGGUGAUGGUGGUGAUGGCGGUGAUGGUGGUGAUGGUGGUGAUGGCGGUGAUGGCGGUGAUGGUGAUGCUGGUGGUGAUGGUGGUGAUGGUGGUGAUGGUGUCAAGGUUGGCGCGAUGGAAGCACCAAACCGAGGAGACGCUGGAAGUGUGUGUGCGGUGAUCCCACCGGACCAGCAGCUGUACACGGAGAGCUUCUGUGGGGUUUGCCAGUCGCAGCUGCAGCCGCAGCUCAGCCAAGAACACUACCUGAGCAAGAAGCACGCACAGAAGGUGAGGAACUACAUCUUCAACCAGGGGCUCGGGAUCUCCACUCACACCAAGGGCAAGCGCCAGAGGGAGCAGCUGCUCGCUCCACCCGCCGGGCAGCAGCAGCAGCAGGAGCAGCAGGAGCAGGGGCAGGAGCAGCAGCAGCAGCAGGGGCAGCAGCAGCAGCAGGAGGAGGAGGAGCAGGAGCGGCAGCGGCGGGCGAACCUUUACUGCUCGCUGUGCAACGUCACGUUCACGUCGCCUGCCAACGCCAGGAGCCACUACGCGGGCCGACCGCACGCCAAGAAGCAGCAGAAGCGCGACCUCAUGGUGGCUCAGCAGGAGGCUCAGCAGGAGGCUGAGCAGGCGGCUCAGCAGGUGGCUGAGCAGGCGGCUGAGCAGGCGGUGGAAGUCGGCGGAGAGGCGGAGUCGGCAGCAGCAGCCGCCACAACCUCCACAACCUCCACAACCUCCGCAACCGCCGCUACUUCGGCAACCGUCACAGCCGCCACAACCGGCACAGCCGCCACAACCGGCACAGCCGGCACAGCCGGCACAGCCGGCACAGCGUCGCCUGGCGUGUGUGUGGGCUGGGCGUCUCGCUGCCAGCUGUGCUCCACCGUGUUCACCAGCGCCCACAUGGCAGAGGACCACUACAGCGGCAAGCGGCACCGGCGCAGGCUCAAGCAGAGGCGCUGCCUGCGGGAGCUGUCGCUGCGGAGAGACGUGCCACACGAUUUCAUGGAGACUGGGGAGUUCUCCUGCCGUGUGUGCAAUGUUACCGUCAACUCUGCAGACCAAUACCGGACCCACAUUGUCGGGACCAAGCAUCAGCAGGCGAUGAGUGAGCGCCGGGCGGCCGGAGGAGGAGGAGGAGGA